UGUUUUCACACCAGAGGAGCUCGUAUUUCUCUGUGAAACAUCAUUAAGGAUUUCACUGAUGUAUGCGAUGUGGAGGCUGCAAGUCGCCUUAUGUACUCUGUCGGUGCUGCUGUCCCUGUCAUCUGCCGGAGAAAGCAAAGCGCGGAGCUGUAGCGAGGUUAGACAAGCUUAUAACGCGAAAGGAUUCAGCCUCGUCAAUGCACCUCAUCAGGAAAUAUCAGGUGAGCACCUGCGUGUCUGUCCUCAGGGAUACACCUGCUGCACAUCUGAGAUGGAAGAAAAGCUCAACCAGCAGAGCAAACUGGAGUUUGAAAACUUGGUGGAGGAGAGCAGCCACAACAUGAGAACAACUUUUGUCUCCAGGCACAAAAAGUUUGAUGAGUUUUUCUUGGAGCUGCUGGACAAUUCUGAGAAGUCUCUCAACAGUAUGUUCACCCGGACAUACGGCAAGCUGUAUAUGCAGAACUCUGAGGUAUUUCAGGACCUGUUCACUGAGCUAAAGCGCUACUACACCGGGGGCAACGUCAACCUGGAGGAAAUGCUCAACGACUUCUGGUCCCGGCUCCUGGAGCGCAUGUUCCAGCUGCUCAACUCCCAGUACCACUUCACAGAAGACUACCUGGAGUGUGUCAGUAAAUACACAGAUCAGCUGAAGCCCUUUGGAGACGUGCCCAGAAAACUGAAGGCCCAGGUCACCAGGGCCUUUAUUGCUGCACGGACGUUUGUCCAGGGACUGAUGGUGGGUCGCGAGGUCGCCAACAGGGUCGCUAAGGUGAAUAUAGUGCCAGCGUGUGUCAGAGCCUUGACCAAGAUGCUGUACUGCCCGUACUGCCGAGGCAUGCCCGGACUGAAACCCUGUCACAACUACUGUCACAAUGUCAUGAGGGGCUGUCUGGCAAACCAGGCAGACCUCGACGCUGAGUGGAACCUCUUCAUUGAUGCCAUGUUGCUGGUGGCAGACAGACUGGAGGGACCCUUCAACAUCGAGGCGGUUAUCCAGCCAAUUGACAUCAAGAUCUCCGAGGCCAUCAUGACCAUGCAGGACAACAGCAUGCAAGUGUCAGCCAAGGUUUUUCAAGGGUGCGGGCAGCCGAAGCCGUCAGGAAUCGGCAGGUCUGCACGGGGCAUCUCCGACGUGUUCAGCGGUCGAUUCAGACCUUACACCCCAGAGGAGAGGCCGACCACGGCGGCUGGAACCAGCCUGGAGAGACUGAGGGUUGUCUGGAGGACAAUGCAACACAGCGUGAUCGACAUCAAAGAGAAGUUGAAGGAAUCCAAGAGGUUCUGGUCCAAGUUGCCAGAUGACAUCUGUGCCAAGGGCAAACUGACGGAGCCUGACGAAGAGCAGUGCUGGAACAGCCACACCAAGGGCAGAUAUUUCCCCGAGGUGGUGAAGGAGGGUCUGACCAACCAGGUGAACAACCCAGAGGUGGACGUGGACAUCACCAGACCCGACACACUGAUCCGACAGCAGAUCAUGGCGUUGCGUGUCAUGACAAACAAGCUCAAGAAUGCCUACAAUGGAAAUGACAUCUAUUUCCAGGACUCCAGUGACGAGGGCAGCAGCUCUGGCAGCGGCAGCGGCUGCUCCGACGGCUGCACCACGGAGUUCAUUUUUGUUGGAACAGAGGCUCCGGUGAUCGGAGCCGACAGAAGCGACGAGCGCGCGGCGGCCGCCGCCGCGGGGAAGUCACUGUCUCGCGGACCGACGACCCUGCUGGUGAUCAGUGCCCUGGCGCUCCCACUCUGGGCAAUGCAGACUCAGUGGAGAUAAUACUGAUUUACCUGAUCACUGACUUUAUACUGCAAACACAACAGUAUGUGAAAUAGCAAGUUAUACUGCUGUUUUCCUCACUGGACAUGUAGAACCUCCUGGAAACCUGUUGAGAAUGGCUUACUGUGUGGUACGGUAGGAUUGGAAGUGAGUGCAGUGCUGCGUUCUGCUUGUCCCCCAAAGAAUGCCCGGUGCCAUCAGUGAACCAGCCUUCACGUCUCUGAAAAACAAAAACAAAAAAAGAGGAAAAAAAGAAAUGAAAAUGUGGUGUUUUCUCAUUAUUCUGAAGUGAAUCUGGAGAAAAAGGCUUCCCUUUCAAGAAAUGAAAGCAUCAGAAGACGGUCCUGUGAGUGAUUUUACAGAUGAAGGGGAAUCUGUUUCUCUUUUCCUUUGUAUGAUGAAGUGAAAACAAGACAGCAACUAUUUUAUCGUGUUUGUCUUUUCCCCCCCCAUCAGACAAAAGGAGAAAGAUGUACUGUGUGCAUGCGUGGAUAUCAUGUUAACUGACAAAGCGUUUUUUUAAGGUUUUGUCAUUUUUCUUCUUUUGAUUUAUUUGGGGUUUUUUUACGCAGGCUACACAGUCGGGGUUGUCUGGUUUGGGAUUGUACAGAGCAGCAGUUCACCUGGUUUCCCGUUAGGUCAUGUCGGCGCGGCUUCAGGAAGCAGCAGGUCUUACAGCCACUUUAUUGUUGCACAUUUGAUUAUCUCUUUAAAAAAAAAGUGCUAAUGUAUUGCACUAAGAGAACCUCUUUGCACAGAUUAUUUUUGUUGGCUUCAUAAGUUUAUACAGCUACAGGAAACACAUCCCCAUAAAGAAGAAGAUCUAUAUUUUUCAGAUCAUUUAACUGAUUGUAUUGUACUUAAAAGCAGUUACAGGAUGUAUUUCACUGGAGGGUACUGCAAUGUGAGUUUACUGGUUCAGUCAUUAACAACAUUCAUCUUAUUCUUUUUAGAUAACUGUAUUAUUUCUUUAAAAAAAUAUUUUAUCAUAUGUAAAAUAAAGUAAGGACAUUUCUUGCAACACUAAGCCAUUAUACUGCAAAUGCCUGCUAACGUUGAGUUACCUGAUUUAGUCUCUUCCUGUCUGGAAAUUUCAAUGCACUUACUUGAUUUCUUGAUUCUCAGAGGGUUGAAAAUUGAGAAAUAUUA